GAGGAGGAAGAGGAGGAGGACAAGGAGUGGAUAUACUGAGCUCCUCUUGCACUCUCACACACAAACGCUGCCCAGGAUUACCCAUCUGCUCACGCCGCGCUGCGCGCUUUUCCGCUCCUCGCGGCCCCCCCACAUUGUUCUCUCAGGACUCCUGGGUCCCCAGGGGCUGAAUUCGGGGCCUGGGCCGGGGAUAGGAGAGACUUGGCUUUGGCCAGAGGGUCGGAGGUUUGGGGCCAGUCCCCCGCCCGGCGCCCCGGGGCUCCCCUCCCCCACGGCACUUUGGGGGGUGUGGAUUAUCUCAUCCCCGCAGGGAGGUGGGAGAGCGCCCCGGCCGCCCGCCUCCCGCCCGCCUCCCCGGCGGCGCCGGCCCGCGGCAGCCCCGCAGUAUGAGGUGGUGCUGGCCGCUCGGGGCCGUGGCGCGGCCGCUGCGGCGGCGGCUGCUCGGGGGGCGCUGAGGGAGCCCCCGGGAGCGGCGCGGCGGACGCGCUUCCCUCCGGCGCGCACGGGCUUCGAGGCUUUUCUUCUCCAGCCGAGGGGACGCGGCUGUGCUACGAAGACCGAGUGUGGACAGUAAUGACCUCACGUUUCCGAUUGCCUGCUGGCAGAACCUACAAUGUACGAGCAUCAGAGUUGGCCCGAGACAGACAGCAUACUGAGGUGGUUUGCAACAUCCUUCUUCUGGAUAACACUGUACAAGCUUUCAAAGUUAAUAAACAUGAUCAGGGGCAAGUUCUGUUGGAUAUAGUCUUCAAGCAUCUUGAUUUGACUGAGCGUGACUAUUUUGGUUUACAGUUGGCUGACGAUUCCACAGACAACCCAAGUGUUUUCAAGAUGCAGUUUUUACCAUGGAUCUUCAAAUAUUACAAAUUUGCAAGAGUUGAUAUAUUAUUUCCUCAAGGGAAAAGAAAUCAGUUUUAUUUAUUUAUUUUUCAGCGGUGGCUGGAUCCAAACAAACCAAUAAGGAAGCAGCUAAAGAAACUGCUUUUAUUAAUUCUAGGAGGAUCUCCUUACAAUUUGAACUUUAGAGUCAAAUUUUUUGUAAGUGACCCCAACAAGUUACAAGAAGAAUAUACAAGGUACCAGUAUUUUUUGCAAAUUAAACAAGACAUUCUUACUGGAAGAUUGCCCUGUCCUUAUAAUACUGCUGCCCUUUUGGCUUCAUUUGCUGUUCAAUCUGAACUUGGAGACUACAAUCAGUCAGAAAACUUGCCAGGCUACCUCUCAGAUUAUUCUUUCAUUCCUGACCAACCUCAAGAUUUUGAAAAAGAAAUUGCAAAAUUACAUCAGCAACAUACAGGUUUAUCUCCUGCAGAAGCAGAAUUUAAUUACCUGAACACAGCACGUACCUUAGAACUCUAUGGAGUUGAAUUCCACUAUGCAAGGGAUCAAAGUAACAAUGAAAUUAUGAUUGGAGUGAUGUCAGGAGGAAUUCUGAUUUAUAAGAACAGGGUACGAAUGAAUAUCUUUCUAUGGUUGAAGAUUGUAAAAAUUUCGUUUAAGUGCAAACAGUUUUUUAUUCAACUUAGAAAAGAAGUGCAUGAAUCUAGAGAAACGUUAUUGGGAUUUAAUAUGGUGAAUUACAGAGCAUGCAAAAACUUGUGGAAAGCAUGUGUAGAACAUCACACAUUCUUCCGUUUGGACAGACCACUUCCACCUCAAAAGAAUUUUUUUGCACAUUAUUUUACAUUAGGUUCAAAAUUUCGGUACUGUGGGAGAACUGAAGUCCAGUCAGUUCAGUAUGGCAAAGAAAAAGCAAAUAAAGACAGGGUAUUUGCAAGAUCCCCAAGUAAGCCCUUGGCACGGAAAUUAAUGGAUUGGGAAGUAGUAAGCAGAAAUUCAAUAUCUGAUGACAGGUUAGAAACACAGAGCCUUCCAUCACGAUCUCCACCUGGAACUCCUAAUCAUCGAAAUUCUGCAUUCACACAAGAGGGAACCCGGUUACGACCAUCUUCAGUUGGUCAUUUGGUAGACCAUGUGGUUCACACUUCCCCAAGUGAAGUAUUUGUGAAUCACAGAUCUCCAUCUUCAACCCAAGCUAAUAGCAUCGUUCUGGAAUCAUCACCAUCACAGGAGACCCCUGGAGAUGGGGAGCCUCCAGCUUUGCCACCCAAACAAUCAAAGAAAAACAGCUGGAACCAAAUUAAUUAUUCACAUUCUCAACAAGAUCUAGAAAACCAUAUUAACGAAACAUUUGAUGUUCCAUCUUCCCCUGAAAAAUCUACUCCUAAUGGUGGUAUUCCACAAGAUAAUCUUGUUCUAAUCAGAAUGAAACCUGAUGAAAAUGGAAGGUUUGGAUUCAAUGUAAAGGGAGGGUAUGAUCAGAAGAUGCCUGUGAUUGUGUCCCGAGUAGCACCAGGAACACCUGCUGACCUCUGUGUCCCUCGAUUGAAUGAAGGGGACCAAGUUGUGCUGAUCAAUGGUCGGGACAUUGCAGAACAUACCCAUGAUCAAGUUGUCUUGUUUAUUAAAGCUAGCUGUGAGAGACAUUCUGGGGAACUUGUACUCCUGGUUCGACCUAAUGCUGUAUAUGAUGUAGUGGAAGAAAAGCUGGAAAAUGAGCCAGACUUCCAGUACAUUCCUGAGAAAGCCCCAAUAGAUAGUGUCCAUCAGGAUGACCAUUCCCUGCGGGAGUCAAUGAUACAGCUAGCUGAGGGGCUCAUCACUGGAACAGUCCUGACACAAUUUGAUCAACUAUAUCGGAAAAAACCUGGAAUGACAAUGUCUUGUGCCAAAUUACCUCAAAAUAUUUCCAAAAAUAGAUACAGAGAUAUUUCGCCUUAUGAUGCUACACGGGUCAUUUUAAAGGGUAAUGAAGACUAUAUCAAUGCAAAUUAUAUAAAUAUGGAAAUCCCUUCUUCUAGCAUUAUAAAUCAGUAUAUUGCUUGUCAAGGGCCAUUACCACACACCUGUACAGAUUUUUGGCAGAUGACUUGGGAACAAGGCUCCUCUAUGGUUGUAAUGUUGACCACACAAGUUGAACGUGGCAGAGUAAAGUGUCACCAGUAUUGGCCAGAACCCACUGAAAGUUCAUCCUAUGGAUGCUAUCAAGUCACCUGCCACUCAGAAGAAGGAAACACAGCAUAUAUCUUCAGGAAGAUGACGCUAUUUAACCAAGAGAAAAAUGAGAGUCGUCAACUCACUCAGAUUCAGUACAUAGCCUGGCCUGACCAUGGAGUUCCUGAUGAUUCAAGUGACUUUCUGGAUUUCGUUUGUCAUGUACGAAAUAAGAGGGCUGGCAAGGAAGAACCUAUUAUUGUUCAUUGCAGUGCUGGAAUUGGAAGAACUGGGGUUCUUAUUACUAUGGAAACAGCCAUGUGUCUCAUUGAAUGCAAUCAACCAGUUUAUCCAUUAGACAUUGUAAGAACAAUGAGAGAUCAACGAGCCAUGAUGAUCCAGACACCUAGUCAAUACAGAUUUGUAUGUGAAGCUAUUUUGAAAGUUUAUGAAGAAGGAUUUGUUAAACCCUUAACGACAUCAUCAAAUAAAUAAGAAAACAAAAGUCUGGGACAUGUGUCAGAAAACUGCUUUCUGUUAUAUUCACUGUGCCAUAAUUCUGCUUGCAGGAAAUGGCAUCAAGACAAAACAAAUGAAGAACUAACAAAAACUGAAAACUUCAGCACUGUUGCACUUUAUGUUUAAGAAAAUGUCACUCUCUCAAAAUCUAUAAUUCCCAUGUUUGAAGACUAUUUCAUGCUUUGCUCCGAACAAAUAGUGAAUAACUGAGUAUGUUCAGGGUAAUUUAUGAAAUUUGUGGUGGUGCCAUGCAGUCCCCUUCUGGUAGAAUUGCCACAAACAAGGCUCAGAAUUCUCAUCAUCUCUGUUAUACACCUGUAUCUUGAAAGCAAAAAGAAGUAAACAUCAGAAGUCAGCUCUGGUGUUUCCCAGUGAUUCAUGUACUUAUUACUGUACUGGUUAUCAGAUUUUUAUUCUUUAAAUUUUAGCAAUAUCAUUCUCAGUAUUGGCCAA